CAACCCGAAAACUACAGAAACGUAGGUGAAUUUUAAGUCAUAUAGGUUUGAGUCCUUGUCAAAUAUUAAUUUGACUAAAGAAAUACAGGUUUGAGUCCUUGUCAAAUAUUAGUUUGACUAAAGAAAUAUAGGUUUGAGUCCUUGUCAAAUAUUAACAUUUCAAUUUGACUAAAGAAUAAUGAAGGGUUAGAGUCCCAGUUGACAGAGAGUUUCAACUAAAGGUAAAAGGACAGGCUCUUAGAGCUUCCUUAAUUAGAGGACGCCUCUUAAGGGAAAGUCCUCACAUAGAUAGAAAGUUUGUUAUUUGCUGUGCUGCUAUUGGUUUUGUUUGCUGUUUUGUUGCUGUGUGUGCAUGAAGGAGUGAAUGGUGUUUCUCUCUCUGGGAGUAAAACUCUCUGCCUUCGGAAUUAGAAUCCAAAGUGAAAAACCGCUUGGAGCUCAGCUCCAAGUAGAAGCCUGUUUUUCAGGAGGCACUGAGCGCUGACUUACAGCACUUUCUCUGAGAGAGCACGCGAUACUAGUAUUUUUAAGCUACAACUUUAAACAAUGGGAAACACAAAUUCCUGUAAUUCCUCACUUAUUGAGGGCCCCGAAGGGGAUGAAAAGUACAUGAUAUCCAGAUUUCCUGGCAGCAUUGUACAUAUAAAAAAAUGGAAAAAGAAAUAUAAAAUAGAUGGGAAGCUAAAAAUUGAUCAAUGGCAAGCAAUUGUGGGAACUUUGGAGAGUAGUGUAGCAAGAAAAAAGGGAAUAAAAAAAGUUAGAAAGGAAGAUGAACUAAAGUGUGCAAAACUAUGGUUAAAAGCAGCCAUAGACCGUAAAGAACAAAUUAAAAAGGUUAAAGACAAAAGGCAAGCAGAUAUUGACAGGGGGAAUGCCUCGGUGGGACGGGGAGAGCAGGUACGGCCGACUGCUCCUCCCCCAACCGCUGCGACAGAUUCGUCUGCCCUUGUCUCAGUGUCACCAAGCUCGAUGGAUAGACAGCCGAGUGCACCUUUUAAUAUCAGUGAGGAAGCCACUAUCUUAUUUGUAAGACCAGAAGAUAAUGAGCCCAUAUUUAGUGCAGUUCAAACCCCUCCUCCAAAUAUGCAGCCUCCACCACCCUCAGCUCCUCCAACUCUCACUCCAGCAAGAGCCCCAAGUAUCAAACUGACCACAGACCCAGUGUCAGUUCACACACCUACCAAAAUUUACCCUCCUCUUCCAGUCUCUCCACCCCCAUUAUAUAAUGAAGAAAGUGCAGGUCCAAGUGGUCUGGGACAUUCAUAUGAUCUGAGAAAGUACAGAACUCCUCGAGUUAUGUACAGUUCUGAAGGGGCAGAACAAUAUCCAAUGAUCCAGGUCCCAAAUCCUAAUCCCAGAGAUGCCCAGUCGCCACAUAUUUAUGUUUUUAGACCCUGGACCUUGAAAGAGGCCAGAAAGGCGGUAGAAGGAAUAACACCUGCAUCAGAGGACCCCGAUAAGUGGGUAGAAGAUAUGACUGGAUUAAUCCAUUCAUAUAGACUAAAUGGAGUGGAAGCAGGAGAAGCAGCCAUGUCCUCAUUAGGAAAAGAUUGGGCAAAAGUGAGGGGAAAUUAUACAGGGAAAGAAACUAAUAAUAAUAAUAUGUUAGUUCCAAUGUCAUACCCUCCAGGAGCCAACCCUGCUCUCUCUGAUGCAUUUAAAGCACAAUGGGACCCAUUGUGUGAGAGAGUUAGAGUAAAUUUCCGUAAAAGGGCGAAUUAUAGUCAUUUGUCAGGAAUUAAACAAAAAGUUGGAGAAGACGUAGACGAUUUUCGUCUGCGGUUUGAGAAGGAGUUCAAAGUUCACAGUGGGAUUACUUAUGACGCAAGAGCAGAGGGUGUAUAUCAACAACAGCUAAAAAGCGCUUUAAUGUCAAGUUUCCGCCCUGAAAUUGAGGGCUGGAUUAAAAAACACCUAGUUGAAUAUGAUGCUGCCUCAGUCCCACAGCUGAUGACAUGGGCACGUCAUGCAGAAAAAGUAGUUAAAAAACCAAAAACAGGAUCAGAUGUUUUUCAUCUGGAGGAUUUUGGAGAAGUAGACACCUCUGUCUUUUUCCGCGGCUCCUCAAGAGGCCGAGGGAAAAACAGCAGCAGAGGAGGUCGCUAUGGGCAGCCACCCCGAAACUAUACCCCUCAAAAACCACAACGUCCAGAUGGAUGUUGGACUUGUGGUCAUCCUGACCACUGGGCAAGACAUUGCCCAGAAAACAAAAUAAAUCACCGGAAGGGUGGCAGAUGGGAGAAAAAACAAAAAUAUAACUCCUCAGCAUGACUAGACUUUUCCACAACCAAACAAAACUUAACACCAGAUCAAAUUGAUGAAAUAGUGGAUGUAUGUGCAGCUUGGGAGAUGUUAAAUGCAUUAAAAGAAAAACCUUAUAUCACACUGAUUGUUUGCGGGGAAAAAGUUGAAUUUUUAUGUGACACCGGUGCAUGCAAAACAGUUUUAAAAACUGAAAUAGAAGGUGUAAACCCCACAAAUGAGUCCAUUUGGGUGAAAUCUGCCGAUGGACAAACACAUAGAGAACAUAUGUCAAAAGGCACAUCUUUUAAAGAUCCUGAGACAGGAAUUAAAAUAAAAGCUUCUGUUGUAAUGUCACUUAAAUGUCCGACAAAUUUAUUAGGUAGAGACCUAAUGACAAAAUUAGGGAUAGCAGUAGUCCCUGUACAAGAUGGCAUGAGAGCUGUCAGACUAAAACAUUCUGAUCUGUACACAGUUCACAAGGAUGAAAAAAAUCUACUGUUCAUAUGAUCUAAAGCCAGCUGACAAUCCUCAUGUCCCAGGAAAGCUUCUUAGAGAAGCUCGAGGACAGCUGGACUCACCUGAAACAGAAAUGAACUAUAAUCAGUUGCAUGUAAAAAUGAACAUCCUAAAUGAUCCACAGGAUGAUUAUGUGCAAACGUUUUUAGAAACAAAUCCUGUGACACUUGCUGUGACUGAAAUGUUCACAGACCGAAGGUCUUAUGCAGCUGUGACUGUGCUCCUUCCGACUAGUCAAACAAAGCUGUAUAAGUUACCUGCAAACCCAUACAUUUCACUUUAUAAGCCGCAUAAUAUUACAUGGGCAGAUGUGGGUAACAAAACCAAAAUGGCUGUUGAAGCCACAGAUUUCAAAGAAGCAGAAAGAAUUUCUUGCACUCAUUCUGCACAAGCAGCAGAAUUGAUUGCUUUGACUAGGGCAUGCGAACUGGCUAAGGACAAGCACCUGACAGUGUACACAGAUAGCCAGUAUGUUUUCUCUACACUGUUUUAUUUUGCGAAACAAUGGGAGCGUAGAGGAAUGACAACCUCUACUGGGAGACCAAUAACACAUGCAUCUUUGCUUAAAGAUCUUUUACAAGCAAUACAACUCCCAACUAAACUAGCUGUAUGUAAAUGCGCAGCUCACACAAAAAGUAAAGAUGAAGUUUCAAAUGGAAACAGACUAGCUGAUAAAAUCGCUAAAGAA